AGCAUUGCCGACUAAAGAUUGUUUGCGUACAUUCACUGCAGUCGUUCUUCUGCUCUUCUUCUAUCUCGGAUACUGUAUAUACUCAGGGCUUCAGAAAACGGCAUCUCCAUCACAAAUGUUUAUGGAAGAUAAGGUCCACGAGUCCUUGGCAUGCAUCUUCCCACACGUGGAAGCACAUGACCCAUCAAUACUGAACCUUCUCCACAAAAGUCCAAGAAACAUAGAGUGCGAUACCUCCAUGGAGGAAAUCACAUACAUCAAUGAUGGAAGUAUUAUUAUCAACGAGUCUAAGACCAAGACGCUGUUUCCCGAUUCCAUCGUCCAUUGCAGAUAUCAAUUAUUGUCCAUGAAUCCUAGAGUCGACAGGCUGGCUUACGGAAGCUGGAGCAAUAACUUUACGAACGAUGCUGUCCUUCCGAAGGAAGCCGAGUUCUUACUUGUGGUCUGCUAUUGCAAGGACAAGGUCAAUGCCGUUUCCAAGGCGUACUACGCGCUUGUCCCUGACCUGGAGGAGGCCAAUGUCAUGAAGAGCACGCUGCUGAGGAAGCGGAAGGCUGAGAGGUCACCGAAAGAGACGUUGAGCGUCAUCAUGGUAGGAUUGGACGGGGUGUCACGGAACCAGUUCAUCCGCUCCAUGAACAAGACGUACCCACUUCUGAUGAACAACUUCAGCACGUUCGACAUGACCAUGUACACGCAGACUGGGAAGAACACGUUCCCGAACUACCUGUCCCUGUUCGGCGGGACGACGGAGGAGAGCCUCCAAAACUGGUGGAACUACUCCAGCCACUCGGACACACUGGACUUGGUUUGGGACGAGUUCAACAAGGCUGGCUACCGGACACUGUAUGCCGAGGACUGGCCCGACGUGGGAGGCUUUCAUUAUUUGAAAAAAGGAUUUCUUGUUAAGCCAACGAAUUUUUUUAGCCGACCAAUAAGUCUAGCCCUUGACAAAGACCCGGGUAGAAUAAAGUCUGGCCACAACUGCGUAGGGGGAAAGCCGGAGAUUAGUUUUCAUCUCGACUACGUGAGCCGUUUUUUGAACACGUUCCCAUACAAGCCCAUUUAUGCUACAGUAUUCUUUACUAGACUGACCCACGCAGAUAUGGCCAAUGUAGCAAUCUUUGACGACUAUCUCCAUGAGGUCUACAAUGUCUGGCUUUCCAAAGGACAUCUUGACAGGACGGUGCUUAUAACGUUCUCAGACCACGGCCCGAGGUACGGGGCCAUCAGAGAAACAUUCCACGGAAUGGUGGAGAGCAGAACCCCUUUGGCGUUGUUUACAUUUCCCAGAUGGUUUUUAGAGAAAUAUCCCGAGGUUGCUAGGAACCUAAGGACCAACACUGCACGACUAACUUCUCACGCUGACACGUACGCAACUCUGCUGGAUCUUCUAUAUUUUCGCAGUUCUCUCCCUUUGCAAAAAUCACCCUUCAAACGGGGUCUCAGCUUGCUUAAUGAAAUACCCGCGGACAGAACUUGCAUGGAUGUUCCCAUUCCUUUAGAGUUUUGCCUUUGUGGGCAAAAAAGUUUGAGCAGUAUGGACACCAAAUCCUCACUCUCCAGGCUUCUCGUCAAGAAUGUACUCAACAUGAUCAACCUCAAAACCGACAGAAACCUCUGCGAAGAGCUCGCCCUGGAGAGUAUUCUCUUUGUGGUGCAGGUCGAUCUACAAGGGAGCGCCCGGCAAGAGACUAGAGAGAAGAACAUAUACAAAGUCAGACUCAGGACUUCGCCUGGCCUUGCAGUUUUUGAGGCUACGGUCUUCACCAACGGCGACCCCCCAGCCAUCCUUCCGGACGAUUGGAACGUGGAGGUGGCCAAAAACAUUGACCGACUGAAUCUUUAUAACGAGCAGGCGUAUUGCUCCAGGGACCCCAAGCAACGCCCCUACUGUUAUUGUAAAAGCUUAAAAACAAAUUAUGUAAACAGUACACAGCAGCCAACGUCGAGUCCAUAGCUUCCACUCGCAAUACUACGUAUUUACUACUGAACUUUACUAUAAUUCAUUUAAAAUACUCAUUCUCUUCAACUUGCAUAUUUUUUAAAAUUACAUUAAUGCACAUAGUUCUGUUAUUUGUUAUAAAACAAUAUUAUAUUACUAAAUAACGUGCUAUGAAGAAGGUUCUUAAAGGCUACUAACAAUUUAAGUAAUAAGUUUAUUUUUGUUUUAGAAAUGAAAGAAAGUAUUUCGUAGGUAUAUAAUUCAAACAUUUAUAAUUCACAGCAUAUCAGCUGGCUAAUCAUUGGCCUUGAAUAAGAAAUUGGACCUUCUCCAAAACAUGAUCAGAUGACAUCUAUUUGUCUUACAGUCCCACACUGAGCCGCAUUUUGAUAUAACAAUCAGCCGAUGGAAUACACAUGAAUACUACUGUAAUAAAAAGAAUUACUUAAGUACAUACCCUGCAGUAUGUUAUCUUGCCCUCAGCCGUCAUGACAAUACAAUUAUAUCGGACAAACUUUAGACCUGCAAACGUAUCUUUUGUAUAGUUGGAGGUAGUUCAUAGAUUCUAACGAUUGUGCUGAAAAGAUUGAAGCCUCCUUUCCUACCAGACCGGGGGCCCGCUUCUAAGUUUUUGUUUCUACACAAACUCCAUUGGAAUUAAGUUGUUUUUUUUUUUAUCUUCUUUGUUGUUUUUUUUUAGCACCUAUUCAUGUUACAUGUUAACGAAACCAGUGACUACAAUAAAAAAAAAAG